AUGAAAUUUCUCAUUCUCCUGAUCUUCAUCUCAACUGCCUUCGCAAAAAUGACCGAAAUCGAAGCCAAGUUCAUCAUCCAAACUUUGCUCCAAGAGCUCCGAGUCCCAACAAUGGAAAUCAUCCAAAGAGUUUAUCACUUCCCGUAUACUUCAAUAGAUUGUCAGGGUAACAAAUCGUAUCUAGAUGCUGAAACUCUAAAAGGCCGUGCUGUAAAAAACCACGUGGAAUCAGAAAAUGAAGAAGCUCAAAUUCUUCUUCAACUUAAUCGAAGACUUCGAGAGCAGAUCGCAAGAAAUCAACAUUUCCACUUUGAUGAUCCGGAGCUCAAGAACUUCAGAAUUAUCUCAAUCGAUGGUUACGAUUUCAAAGCUCAACUUCAGAAUGUUGAGUACGCUGUGAAAAGGGCUGACAAUAAUUUUAAGAUCGAGUCGGAAACUUGGACUUGUUGA